UAUGCGUAUUUGAUCAAAAUGUAACAUAUAUUAAAACACGCUCCUCCCCCAUUUUCCCUCUCUCUCCUCGUUAAGCUCCAUUUUACUCUAAAUUUUCCAUUGAAGCGGCAGCUUUCUCUCCUCCAUUGAAGCAGCUCCUAAGAUUAGUCUGUAAUAGAUAAUUUGUUCAAGUGAGUAAUGUCAGUGAGGUGGCCAAGGUUACUGAAUCCGACUCAGCUCGCACAGAUUAUACGACAGCAGAAGAAUCCGUUUACUGCUUUAAAGAUCUUUAAUGAAGCCAAAGCCAAGUAUCCCAAUUAUCGUCACAAUGGUGCUGUCUAUGCCACCAUGAUUAAUAUACUCGGGAGCUCAGGUCGAUUUGAUGAAAUGAAGGAAGUAAUUGAACAGAUGAAAGGCGAUUCGUGUGAGUGCAAGGAUGCAGUCUUUGCAGGUAUAGUUAAGACGUAUGCAAAAGCUGGAUUGCUUGAUGAUGCCGUUUCUUUAUUCAGAAGCCUUCCUCAAUUUAAUUGUGUGGCUUGGACUUCAUCUUUCAAUACACUUUUAGAGAUUAUGGUGAAGGAGUCUAGGCUUGAGGCUUUCUAUCGUCUUUUUAAGGAAAAUUCUCGUGGUUGGGAAGUUAAGUCUAGGAUUGGAUCGUUGAAUUUGCUAAUGGAUGCUCUGUGUCAGAUUAAACGCUCUGAUUUAGCACUGGAGGUUUUUCAAGAGAUGAACUAUCAUUGUUGUUAUCCUAACAGAGAAAGUUAUAGGAUUCUUAUGAAAGGCCUCUGUCAAGAUGGCAGACUAUAUGAGGCCACUCAUUUGUUGUACUCUAUGCUUUGGAGGAUUUCUCAGAAAGGUUGCGGAGAAGAUAUAGUAGUAUAUAGAAUUUUGUUAGAUAGCCUAUGCGAGAAUAAACAGAUUAGCGAGGCUUUAGAAAUUCUUGGGAAAAUUUUGAGAAAGGGUCUCAGAGCUCCCAAGAUUCGCACCAAACUCAAAGAUCUUAGCCAUCUUCGGGAUACUGAAGACAUAGGGCAGGCUAAGCUUUUGAUCAAUGAAGCUUUGAUUGGAGGUGCCGUCCCUAGCUCAGCUAGUUACACUGCUGUGCUUACCGAUCUCUACAAUGAAGGUAAAAUUUCUGAGGCUAACAAAGUGCUUGAUAAAAUGCGUGAAAAGGGUUACCGACCAUCACUGAGAAUAUACGAGUCAAAGGUAUCAGCAUUGUGUAUGGCUGGUAGAGUUGAUGAAGCUGGUCAGAUGAUAGAAGAGGAAAUGCUGAAGAAGGAUUGUGUACCAAAUUCUCUGGUUUAUUGCAUUGUUGUAAAAGGUUUCUGUGAUGAGGGAAAAACAAAUUUAGCCAUCAGCUUUUUGGAAAAGAUGGAUAGGCAGAAAGGUUGCUCACCAGACAAGGAGACGUUCAGUGUUAUUGUUAAUAGAUUGUGUCAAGAUGGGAAAUUUGUUGAGGCCAGUAAGAUUAUGGAAAAGAUGUUGAGUAAAUCUUUUUGGCCUGAGUCGAAUACUUUUAGUGCUGUUAUUAGAGGUCUUUGUUCAGUAGACAGAAUUUAUGAGGCUGUAAUGUGGUUGGAAGAGAUGAUCAGUCAGGGUAAGAUACCUGAGUCUUGUAUAUGGAGAGUAUUAGUAGCUUCAGCUAGUUGUAACACAGAAGAGAUUCGUGAUUGCAUUGAUUUGCUGGAUUAUCUGAGAACUUAAUUCUUUGUCUUAGUACAACUUUAUAAAGUAUAGAAUUCUUUCA